GGUUUUUGCUAUCGGAAUGUGUAAAAAAAAACAGAUAUCUCGCAAGCACCGCCAAACGCGCACGCAAACCCCCUCAACAAAAAGGUGUGAAAUCCUCAACGAGUGACGCGACCAGACCAGAUGAUUUCAAAAGGGAAAAGCCUUGUCCGCCAUCCCUUUUUAUCUGGCACUGUUCAAGAUUAAUAAAGGUUUUAAGCAACUCUAGUCUUUCUACCCAAAAGAACGUCCAUCAGCAUGUCUGAAUUCAUACAGACGACACCCGUAUCUACCCUAUUGAAAGCUCUCCCCGCUCGGCCACUCAUCAGCGUCAAAGACUCUACCACUGUAGAAGAGACCUUUGACGUCCUGUUGGCAAACGACAUCCAAGCCGUCCCAGUAUGGAGCGAGGAUGAAAAACAGUUUAUUUCGAUUGUUGAUGUAUUGGAUUUAUUGACCUAUACAGCCUUCCAACCUGUGUUUGAUCAAGAACUUGAGGACCCCAGCCUCAUUCAACAGCGGGCAGACUUUUUGCAACACCCUGUCCGCGAGGCGAUUGGCUUGACUCGUGAAAGUGAGCGAGUAUGGACCAUCGACGAAGAUGAAACGAUUUUAAGUCUUCUUACUCUCAUGUCAAACGGUAUACACCGAGUCCUCAUCCCACACACCCCUCACACCACAUCCCGCCUCGUAACCCAAACCGACCUCCUCCGCUUUCUAUUCGCAAACAACCACCAUUUCGACACAAUCCUCUGCAUAGACGCCAACAAAAUCAUGAAUAAACAACAAUCGCAACAUCCUGCCCACGAAAAUGGAAUUCACGGUUUAUCCUGCACAACCAUUUCCAUGCACUCACGUACUAUCCAAGGGUUUAAAAAGAUGCGGAAUGAAGGUGUGAGGAGUUUGGGUGUUGUUGAUGAGGAAGGGAUUUUGGUUGCUACUCUCUCUGCAAGUGAUUUACGUGGGUUAAACCAAUCACGCCUUGAUCAAGUCUUGAACCCACCCCUCGUCUUCCUCCGACACGUCCACGGAACCCUCCCACCACCCCACACCUGUACACAACGCUUCACACUGGGCCAAGUCAUCGCAUACCUUUUAUUCCAGAACCUUUUACGUGUAUUCGUGAUUGAGGGUACUGCUUUGGGGAAUCCGAAACCGGUGGGUGUGAUUAGUAUGAGUGAUGUGUGUUGUGUUUUUGAGGAGUUUGGAAAGGGGGCGUUGGAAGAGUGAGUAGGUUUUUUUUUGUAGAUGCUUUAGGUGAAGGUGUUUUAUAUUGUAGAGCUUUUUGUUGUGGUAGAGUAGGAUUAGGGUUAGUAGGAUUGCGAGUUGUGUGGAUGUGAUGGUUUUAUGCAAUUUCCCUGCGUUUAUUCUUGUGAAUACAGUUUCCGUUUGUUGUUGAUCUCACAUCUUUAAAUCUUCUGUUGUGAACCACACAUCCAGUUGAGGACUGCUUACCCAAUCACCGUUAAUUGCAAACCCCAUUACCAAAUCAAGCACAAAGUGUCAACU